GCAAUGCCUUCAGCUGCUUCCGAGAGCACUAAUAAAUUUCAGCAUGCCAUAUCGGCAUGGAGAAGUACGACUCGGGUUGCCGUUAUGGCCGUGCAGCCUGAAGACUGACAGGAUGUAGAUAUCGACUUGACGAUGCUAGUCUCGACACUCGACAACACGGCCUCGGAUAUUGUCGCAUACCAGCGAGACUCAACUGUCCAGCGGAAAGAUCUGGCCCAGAAGACCAAGGAUUUCAGGAAGUUGGACGACACGACCAAGUUGACCGAGAUCAAGGGCCUUCUAAAGGCCUACCAAACCUUCAUCGAUCUGCUCACGAAUCACUCCAAGUCCACCAAUUCCGCAUUUCUACAGGUUUACUCGGCACUAUCCGAUGCGCCAGACCCGUACCCUUUGCUAGAAGCCUCAGUGGACUCUAUGCUGGUUUCCGAAGACACCUUACCCAAACUCACCGACGAGAACCAGCAUCUCCAACAAAACAUAGCAAAGCUUACAUCACAACUAGAAGAAACCGAGUCCAGACUACAGUCAGAAAGUGCGGCGCGAAAACAGUUGGAGGGUAACUUGGAGAGCAAGGUCAAAGAGGUGGAGACUUCAUGGUCUGCCGUCCUGGGAGAAAAGCAAGACAACUGGGAGGCCAAGGAGAAGGCAUUGGAAGAGAAGGUGGAAAACCAGGACAGGCUAUUGACCGAGAUCAAGGCGAGCUAUGAGGUGAAUCAGCGGUUGAAGGGCUCCGAAGAUGCCGAGUCGGAUGGGCAACGGGGCCAUGUUACGAGUGCCGAGUUGGAAAUGGUUAAUUCGGAUCUGGAACGAACUAGUACGCGACUUGCUGAAGUCGAGGCACGUAACGAACAACUCCGUCUGGAACUUGCCCAGUCCAAGUCUCAAGUGCCUGCUCAGGUACCCGUACUGGAGGAUGACCCUGCUUAUAUGCGGAUGAGAUCGGAGAACUCGUCGCUCAUCCGGAAACUUGAUUCGGCGAGGGUAGAGAAGGAAAGGUUCAAGCGAGAUCUCGAUACCAAGCUUCGCAGUCUGGAAAGAGAGGUCGGCCUGCUCAAGGACGAACGCAAUAGCUUGAAGGCCAAGGUACAGAAGUGGAGCGAUUACAACGACGUGAAGCAAGAAUUAGAAGUCCUGAAGAGCAUCGAGUUUGCAACGGGCGAUGAUGACGAUGUUCUUGUUGAUGCCGCAGAUUCGAAUGGCGCUGCUGCCAAGGGCAAGGGGGAUACGUUGGAGCAGCUAUUAUUAGCGCGGAACAAGAAAUUGAGCGACGAGCUGACGAUCUUGAGGGUGUCGCAUCAAGAUCUGCAAAGCAGGCUGGAAACCCUGCAGGAGGAUAUGUCGAGGACAAAUGCCGAUCUCGAAAGGUCACAGAACUUGAAUGCCCAGCUCGAAAAUGAUUUGGCCAACCUUCAGACUGAGGGGCAAAACGCGUUCCCGUCAGGAGCGUCGGUGGCAGGCACUUACGCACGUUAUGCGCCAUCCCUCGCACCGGGCAGGAGGGGAGGCAGAGCUUCGCCGACAUCAUCCAUCAUAUCCGGAUUUAACCCUCGGGAUGGUGGCGAGCCCAUGGGAGGCGGGUCCGGAAUGCUACCGAUGAUCACUGCUCAGCGGGAUCGCUUUAAGAAAAGAAUAACACAACUGGAGAAUGAACUAUCAGCGGGCCAUCGCACAGUAUCGCAAUUGCGUCAAGAAAUUGCCGCGUUGCAGAAGGAUAACCUCCAGCUCUAUGAGAAGACGCGAUACGUGUCUACAUACAAUCGGGGGGGGCCGUCGGCAUCUUCGUCGUCGGCGUACUCGUCCAACCCGAACCCGUCGACGGUAUCAAUAGGCGGCACAGGGAACCCGGGCAUCGCGUUGGACCGGUACAAAAAGGCGUACGAGUCCAACAUCUCACCAUUUGCCGCCUUUAGAGGGCGCGAGUCGGCGCGGGCGUACAAACGAAUGAGCUUUCCAGAGAGGGUGGUCUACUCGGUCACGCGGAUGGUGCUGGCGUCACGGACGAGCAGAAAUCUAUUUGCGGCCUAUUGUGUAGCACUGCACCUACUGGUAUUUUGCUCACUAUACUGGCUCGGCACCUCGGAUGUGGAGCAGCAUGCUAGCAACCUGGGCAAGGUAGCCGCUGCUGCUGCUGGAGGGGCCGCGGGCGCGGCCGGCGGUAGUAGCAGUGGGGCUGGGACGGGAGGCGGCCAUCGAGGUGAUUGGCAGGAAGAGGCUUUCGGUGAGCAAUGAUGUUGAUAUGUAUAAGGUAUGCAUUCUUUGUAUGAUUACU